GUUUGUGGAGAUAGUCGACUGCAUCAAUCAAGAUGGACCCAAACUUGAAGACAAAAUUGAAUUUUUGCACCGAAGAUGAGUGUUUGGACAGAUGUGGUGUCAAUUCUGAGAUAACAAGAUUGUGUGAGUUGUUGCCUGAUGGGUAUAACUAUACCGUUUGUCAGUUUGACAUCAUUGAUGAAGGCAUCACUGCUCUCCUCAGGUUGGAUAUAAAGACCGAGUGUAAUGCUCGAACUUGGCUCGGGCUGUUCCAGGAUAAGACGCGUACAAAUCUGCGAUUAUUAUGGACGGGCAAGGCAGGUGGGCGAAAGAAUAUCUUCAGUGCACAUUACCGGUGUCAGCAUGGCAGUUUCCGCAAGUCCCGUCCUGUCAGUUCAAGUUCUGCUAGGACCAAGAUCACCAACUGCCCGGCCACUCUGGGUAUCGCUGUCAAACGGGUGCCCAAGAGAAACAGGUCAUUGGAUGUUCACGUCAGAGACCUUCCAACAUUGAUCCGGCUGUCUUUUACACAUAACCAUCCCGUGACGUAUGUCAAAGCAUCAAACUCCUGCAAUGCUUCUGGAGACGUCACUGAGAUAGACAACAAACCUGUUGAACCUUCUGUGGUGCUCCAUGAAGACAAGUAUGACUGGCAAGAAUAA